CCUUGUUGCACUCCGAACCGAAAUGGCACCGAAGAAGGAGAAGGCAGCGGCUCCGUCGUCGAAGCCGGCGAAGUCAGGAGGAGGAAAGCAGAAGAAAAAGAAAUGGAGCAAGGGAAAGCAGAAGGAGAAGGUCAACAACAUGGUAUUGUUUGACCAAACAACCUACGACAAGCUUAUCUCCGAAGCUCCUAAGUACAAGCUCAUCACUCCAUCCAUCCUUUCCGACCGAUUGAGGAUUAAUGGAUCUUUGGCUCGUAGGGCAAUCAAAGACUUAAUGGCAAGAGGUGCAAUUAGGCUCAUAGCUGCUCAUGGUAGCCAACAAAUUUACACCAGAGCCACCAAUGCAUGAAUGAACGGCUUGAAGAUGCUUCUUUAUGAACAAUCUUCUGAGGACGUGUUUUGUUUUCAUCAUUGUUACAAGUUAUACUUUUCGCUAUUUAUUUUGUUAAAGAUAUUUAUGAAACUUUGUUUCUAAGUUAAUGGCAAUUUUGUAUUAAAAACUUGAUCGAUGCAGCAAUGCAGAGACAAGAAGAAAAGGUUAUGAUUGGCAUGGCAUGUUGGAUUUUUUAAUUAA